UAAUUAUGUUUUGUUCGAACAUAGGUAAAAUGUAAUUUAUUGUAGGUUCUGACAAAUAAAUCUUAUUUCAAGAAGUUUGAAUGAAAUACCUAAAAUGAAUACCCUUGACAAGCAAUUGGCAGACUUACGUAUUUAUGCGAACGAGUUGGAUGCAAAACUACAGGACGAUAUAAACACAAAAACAAAACCUUCUAUACCACCAAAAAAAUCAAAACCCCCCUUGCCGCAAAUACCUCAAAGUUACUCUGUAAAGUCUGCUUGUGAGCCGUCUUACUCAUCACGAUUAGAGUACGGUAGUCGGACAAGUUCUACAUACUCAAAUUUAGUUCCUGUUAAGAGCUGUAUUGUGAGAAAUUCCUCGCGAGGGAGAAGCGGCGAUGUUAUACUUUAUAGUAACUUGGUACCCCCCGCGGGCGGCACUAACGUGUAUUCGAAUGUACCGAUACAUCGUAAUGUAGAGAGCUUUUACGACAGAGAUACACGGUCUGAGGUGUCCAGAAUUAGUGAUUUGGGCGUUCAAUCAAAUUAUAGUGAAUUGCGGCGACCCGGAUCGGCGUACCCACCUUCGUCAGCAUCUGUCAAUGCCCAAGACUUUUCCACAUAUGGGGGAUCUCAAGCAUCAUCAACAUAUGAAUCACUAUAUGAACCAAUUAAUCCGAGGCCAUGCAGUCAGUUAUCAGGUACAUCACUAUAUGCUGGGUAUGUCGGGACAACAGUAGAGUCUACACCUGAGCCAGAUGAUGCACUUUACUGUGGCAACUGCUAUAGAUGUGGUGAGAAGAUAAUGGGUGAAACAACUGGUUGUACAGCAAUGGAGAGAAUCUAUCACAUCAAAUGUUUCUGUUGUCAACAGUGUGGGAUAAACUUACAGGGACGACCAUUCUAUGCAGUGCAAAGUCGAGCUCUAUGUGAAAGAGAUUACCUCGAAACAUUAGAGAAGUGCUGUGUCUGUGGUGAUCCAAUACUUGACCGCAUUCUUCGAGCUACGGGGAAGCCAUACCAUCCUCGGUGCUUCACUUGUGUAGUCUGCCAAAAGAGCCUUGAUGGAAUACCAUUUACAGUUGAUGCUGUAAAUCGCAUACAUUGUAUUGAGGAUUUUCAUAAAAGGUAUGCACCGCGCUGUGCACGAUGCAGAGAACCGAUAGUCCCAGAAAAUGGGGCUGAAGAAACUGUUCGCAUAGUAGCCCUGGAUAAGAGCUUCCACAUCAUCUGCUACGCGUGCGAGGACUGCGGGGCCUCCCUGUGUUCCCGGGAGGAGGGCAGAGGCUGUUACCCGCUCGACGGACAUCUGUACUGCAGGGAAUGUAAUGCUAAACGUAUACAAGAUCUUUCGAGAAAUAUUCAAUAUAAGUAACCUCUGAAAUGAUAUUAUUAGUGAUUCAAGCUCUCAAGAGCUCCAGCGCUAGUCGCCUUGUGGGUAUAGUAAUUAAGGAUUAUUAGACGUAGAGAUGCUUGUCGCCAUUUCAAAACAUUUUCAACUCAAAAGCAAGAUUUGAAGGUAGUUUGAGUUUCUGUGACAUUUUCUAUUUUAUGCAGUUCGUGAUUAAUAAAACUUCUAAUUCCAAUGACGUUCUAAAUAAUAUUAAUAUAGUGACCUCUUUUCUAUAAAUAUUAUGAUAAUAUAUAUUAAUUAUGGUACCGCCAGGAGCGCUGUAAAAAUGUUCCCGAAAAAACCACCUGAUAGCCCGGCUGACCAAUUUUGACUUUUUAAUGUGUGGGUUAUCUAUUGGUAAGCUAUACUAUAAAUACCAAGUAGCUAUUCUAGUAGAAUCCUAUAGAAAUUCCAAGCGUGGCUGACUAUUUACUUGUCAAUCAGAAUCAGUUACAGUUACUAUGGAUUCACAAUCCUUUCUAUCUUCCUGUAUCUCUGUUAGAGAUUUUCUUCUCUGUUCCCGUCUGUAGGGUGUACUGGUGUCUUUAGUGUUCUGUGAUUGUAUUAUUGUGAUGAAUCCAAAGACCGAUAAUGGGUCAUUAAUUAUAUUACUUAUAUGGUAUUUCUUUUUUCAUAAUAAUAAUAAUAAUUCUUUAUUUGCAACAAAAAAUACUAUCACACUCAACACAUUAGCCAAAAAGAGUAUGCAAAUUAUAUUAGUUACACAUCACACAUAGCACAUAAUAUAUCAUUAAAAUAUACAUGUCAUAUAUAUAUAUGUAGUCAAAGUUAAACACAAGAUUAUAAAAAGAAAAUCACAAAGUGCUCACCUCACCAGGAAAUGUGGUGUAUAGUACUGACACGUAUAUUGAUCUAUUCCUUAUAAUCUCUAGAUUACAACGGUAUAUUUAGUUAGAAAUGAUCUAACCGAAAUACUGAGAAAUACAACAAAAAUGUGAACGUCAAAAUAACCUAAAAAUCAUAAAGAUACGAUGAUAAUAAGAUAUUAUGUAAUAUUUUGCCAUAAUUAAGUAGGGACUAUGUGAUAUCAAAAUAAACAGAGCCUGUUGGAAGAGUAAGGAUACAAGCUGAUAAAAUAUGGCUUACAAUGAUGCACAGAACAGAAAUGUUCAUCACACAAGUAUGUUAAAGUGAGUAGGUACUAUUAUGUUUUUCUUAUAUUCUUCAGUGAUUCAAUUCAUAAUUGUACUUAGUUCCUGAAAAACGAUCCAUACAUGUGGGUUGGGCUGCUAAGUCAUGAUGUCGUUUAUAGAGUGACAUUAGGGCUACCAUUUUUUCUUAGUCUGUUAAUAUGAAUCACAUGUCCAGUUUUGUGUUCUUAACUCAAUUUCGACAUGAUUGUGGUCUGGAGCGUUUUUCUGGCAUUACGUCCAAUUGGUGUUGUCAAUGUUAAGCAUUAAGUAUCGAGUUAAUUAGUAAUUUAUAUUUUCAUUCAAUAUUGUAGGGUAAACAAAUAUUGAUGGUGAGUGAUGUAAAUUAUUUGUAGAUGUUUAAUUUCAGUAUAAUUAUUAAGAUCUGAUUUUCUGUAGAUAUUAGGAAUCUCAUCUGUGGGUAUGUGUAAUUGUUAUUAAAAUAAUUCCGCGGCUUUUUGGCCUAAUAUACAAUGUUUAAAUAUUAGUAUUACAUUCCAGUAUGCAUUUAUUUAUUUAUUAGUUACAUUAUAGGGCUGUGUAGGAAUCACCGUUUGACAGUAUUAAUGAACGCGAAAGAUAUUAGUGUAAGGAUAGGUUUAAGAUUAGUGGGAGGCUCCUUUGCACAGGAUGCCGGCUAGAUUAUGGGUACCACAACGGGCGCCUAUUUCUGCCGUGAAACAGUAAUGUGUAAACACUACUGUGUUUCGGUCUGUAGGGCGCCGUAGCUAGUGAAUUUUCAGGGCAAAUCACACUUAACAUAUUUAUGUCUCAAGGAGACGAGCGCAAUUGUAGUGCCGCUUAGAAUUUUUGGGUGUUUCAAGAGCCUGAGCCUUUCCUGAGCGGCACUGCAUUGUAAUGGGCAGGGCGUAACAAUUUCCAUCAGCUGAACGUCCUGUUCGUCUCGUCCUUUAUUGUCAUAAAAAAACCUGUAUCACUUCUUUCUUUCUUUUUUUACGUUCUUACAAAGAAUAACGGCAAUUAAACGCCAAUUUAAUGUCUCCCUUCCUUUUCACUCUCUUCGGCACACAAACUUUUUCUCUUUCUUUCCGUAGCUAUCUUUCGCUGUCGUUCGCUAUAUGUGGACCUGGCCUAACACUAGUUACUAGUGUCUAGUCGUUUAAUCACAGAGUCGUCUUUGUAAACUAUGUCGUGUAAAAUAUUCAAUUGUUGGUUUCUAGAAGGUAAUACAUACUUUUUUUGUAAGGUAUAGUAGAUGGAAGGAAAUAAUAUAAAUGUAGUGAAAACUUUUUACUUGUAAAGGGUGUACAAUAAUCAAUUUUACUUACUUAAUAUUUAUUUUCUUGUGUAUGUUAUAGACUUAGAAUAUACUAGCUUAUUAUGACCUGAAGGCCUACCAUCGCCUUUUAAUUAGCGAUUCAAUUCCGAUGCAGUUCAAUUUAGGUACCUAAAUUGAAUCGCUAAGAUUCGUACCAUGAAGUAUCUAUUGCUGAAUAGCGUUUGAAUCGCUUAUGGAAGAAUGAACGAAAGAAAUUUGUCUGGUCCGCAGUGUGAGACAGAGAUGACGCUGUACAGUCGUUGCAUAAGUCAGUCUCUCUUACUCGACCCGUUUCAAAACCUAAAUUAUAGCGGUUUUUUGAGUUUUUAAUUUUUUUGAAUCACUCACUUUGACACAUAUGCUAUCCAGUUUAGGUUGAAAUAUUAACUCAUGAUUGACUUGAUUUGACGUCAACCUAAAUUGGAUCGCUCUAAUGACGCCGUGGUAUGAAAUAGCAAAGCAGUUCAUUUGAAGUCGUCAAUUGAAUCGUAAUAACAGUUCAUGGUAGGCCCGCUAACAGUCCGAUCAAGAGUGACCCAUUUUGAAAUAUCAAUGUGUGUUAGCUAGUGGUUUAAUAUUCAAAAUACUAAGGAUCUAAUGAAAAGGCUGACCGUUUACGACUUGCCAGUCAAAAGCGGUUACAGUAAGAAUAUAUUCGCUUUCCUUUUCUAGCUUCCUGUAACUUCAUUAGAGAUGUUCUUCUCUCACACUCCGAUUGUAUGUUUUAAGUUUAUGUACUAUAAUUAAUUUUAUCUACACCCAUGCUUUAAAUCCUCUAUGAAAAAUUCUGAAACAGUUAGCUUAUUACCAACAUUAAAACACCCAAUGUCGUAAUAACCAUUACGUCAUCCAAACGAGUGUUGUAAUGUUGUACUGAAUUUUAUAACAACACUCCUUGGUUUUUUUUUCGAUCCCUUCAUGCACAGAGUUUCAACAAACAGCCACAUUCUUAUUGCUCGAUGCGUGGUAUCUGUAUGAAUUUCAAAAAAAAUACAUUUUCGUUUACGCGCGUUCCACACUACCAGAACAUGGCGCCCCAUAAAAAAAAAUGGUAGGUUAUUCGAAACCCCGCCAUUUUUCUUGAAAAAAUGAGCGAUUCAAGUUUUGACAGCACACCGCCGGAUAUUUUAAACGCUGCAAAAUAACAUAAUAAUCAAGUGAAUUUUAAUAAUUGCACUAUAGAAAAUGUAAAUAACUACUAAAAUUAAUAAUUCUUUCAUUAAUACUUAGUUUAUUUGUAUAAAAUCAGUAAGGGAUGAUAUAAGGUUACUACUAGGGCUGGCUGUUUUAAUGUUAGCAGUUAGCUGUUUCAGAAACUUUUAGAGAAUUCAUAUUCUGGGUGUAGAUAAAGUCUUGUAUGCAUAUGCAUUUGAUAAUUAGGUAUUAAAACACUCAUGUGAUACUAUUAUCACACUCGGCUUCGCCUCGUGUGAUAAACCCACGUUCGUGUUUUAAUACCCCUUAUUACACAACAGUUGCAUAAAUAACUAAUGUAAACAAACGCGCCAAUGUCAGUAAUUAUCGCCGCCAUCACCCAAACCAACAGAAUGUAAUGAUGGAAAGGUUAACACAUUGUUGUAGCGUGCCUUGGCAAGGCCGCGUAUAAAAAUUUGUUGAGCCCUUAUGAAGGGUAAAGAUUUCUUACAAAAGAAAAAAAAUGUAUGCAUAACAUUAAAAGAUUUUUUUACAAACAAUUCAAAUUAAAUACUAUACACUCUCCUUGCCUUUUUUUGGCAAAACGUUUAAUUAAAUCAUUUAUAGCUGAUGAUGACUUUAGUUUUUCUAAAGUAACUCUAUGGACAAUAGUGAAUGGUCUUACAGGCAUAUUAGCUACGCCCCUGGGUUAACAUUAAUUUCUGAUAUUGUCUUCAAUAAGUUUGUUAUACCGUCAGACUUGUAUUUAAAACACAGACAUAAUAUAUAUAUUUUACUUUUAAACAUGUUUGGAAUUGGUACAGAUGUCCCCUAGCCUGGGCCAGUGCAAGUAAUGUGAUGAAUUAAAAUUCUGUGUUUUAAUUAAAAAAAAAUAAUGAUAAAAUCACAGCAUAAUAAUAGCCUUUAAUCAACGAAUAUUAUUAUUAACGAUCUACUAGAUAAUAUUUUUUAAAGAUGAUGAACCCCAGAUGGCGUUAUAUGCUUUUAAAUGCGAACAAUAACAUCAUAGCUUAUCUGUAUACUAUUUCCAAUCACGGACUAGUAAAAAAAGAAGGACUCCGCGCCGUGGUAUUAGCAAGAAAGGGCCUUUAUGCUAGUGUGUGUGAGGUUACGGGGUAUACCAGUUACACAAUUUUUUCUCCCUUAAAUAAUCAUAUAUCCACAAAUACUUUUUUCACAACGCACGACGGCAAUUUUAAAGUAUUUUAUUGCGACGCAAACUGAUCUGUCACAGACGAUAGCAAAUCUCAUAAUGGCUGCCAAUCGGCGUGUAUUAGUGUAAGUGUAUGCGUGGGGCUAUGUAUUUACACGUUUACCGGCUUGUUAUGUAAGGUGACACGGAGUCCUUAUUUUUUUUCUCGUCCAUGUUUCCAAUGGACUUUAUUUGUUUUGGAAUGAAAGUAUUUGAGAUGGAAUUGUUUGUGGUCAGCAAAACAGACGUUGUUUGAUUUGUCAAUGAUAUGAUGGAAAAAAAAACUACGACAUGUUUUAGGAAGACGACAUUAGAUAAGACGUAGAUAUAUUAUUAGCACUCUAGCGAUCUACCUGUGUUACAUCACAACUUAUUUUGUGUGUAUCAUACACAAUGAUGUUAUUUUUUUUUGUAUUAUAAUAUUUAAGUAUCUCCCUUACUCGAUAACCCCCAUUUAAGUGCCAUUUUAUAUAAAGCAGAUUAAGUUUACAUCUUGUUGUUAUAAAUUGUAUACGUUUUAUAUUAUAUAGUUCACAAGUACUUAAUAUUCGUAGUUGUAAAGUGUAAUGUGUGUAUUUUAAAUGUAAUGAAUAUAUUGCAAUUAUUGCCAAAUAUA